AUGUCUUCUGCCACCAACUUCUUCGACUUCACGGUGCUCGACGCCGCCGACACCGAAGUCCCUCUGGCCAACUACAAGGGCAAGGUCGUCUUGGUCGUCAACACGGCGUCAAAGUGCGGCUUCACCUACCAGUACAAGAACCUCGAGUCCGUCUACCAGGCCCUCAAGAAGGAGUACCCCGACGACUUCACCGUCAUCGGCUUCCCCUGCAACCAGUUUGGCGGCCAGGAGCCCGGCAGCAACGAGGAGAUUCAGAACUUUUGCUCGCUGGAGCAGAAGACGACGUUCCCCGUCAUGGCCAAGAUCAACGUCAACGGCAACGAUGCGCACCCCCUGUAUGAGUGGCUGAAGAAGGAGAAGCCUGGCCUGCUUGGUCUCGAGAGGAUCAAGUGGAACUUUGAGAAGUUCUUGAUCGGCCGUGACGGCAAGGUCAUCGACCGCUGGGCCAGCACCACCGAACCCGAGAAGUUUCAGAACAAGAUCAUUGAGGCCAUCAAGGCGCCGGCUCCCUAG